AUGCGUCCCUCUGUGCUGUUAGCCGCCGGUGCGCUGCUGGCCGCAUCGGUGCCCGCGCACAUCCACCACAACCACCACCACGAGCUUCAUCAGCUGCACAACAUGCACGCGAUGCAGGUGCACCGCGACUUGGCGUCUUCGGGCGUGAGCUCCACCGACUAUACGUGCCCCGUGUGUGGCAUGUCCACGCUAGAAAUGGGCUACGAUAACCAACACUACGUGGUGAUGAAUCAUGGCCAGAAGAUCUACUCAUGUGGCAUGGCGCCACGCACUUUAGAACCUUACACCUUCGAAGUGACGGACACGGCCUACCUGGCCGCCAAUAUGGCCGAGUAUAUCAUCAACCAGACGGACACCGACGCCUACGCUGCGUGCGCGAACGCCUGCGACGAGUGCUCAGAUGGCAUCAGUGACCCCGUGUCCGGUGACUCCGUCACUAGCGACAACUACGUGUACGCGUGUCUGAAAAACGGGCAGAAGAUUUACUUCGCCUCGCAAGACAACAAGAACUCGUACCUUACCAGCGUCAACACCGAGCCGCGGUACUUGGUGGACAGCGUCAUUUGCUCAGGUGUCGCAUGCUCCGAUGCCACCAACAUCACAACUUUGAGCCCCGCAGCACAGAGUUUCGUGGCAGACUUAUCCUCUGCCACGCCGAGUGCCACAACUGCCGCGCCCAGCGACACGACCACCGAGUCGGACACGUCUUCGCCCGACUCGGACUUCUGUUCAGGCCAGGGAUCUGUCAUGUUCAAUGGCUUCCAGACGUCGAUCCAUGGAUCAUGUGUGAUGCUGCUCUUCCAGCCCUGGGUGCUUAACAGUGGCGUCAAGUACGCGUUCGGAUUCAUCGGCUGUUUCCUCAUCGCAUUGCUGAACGAGUCGCUUGUCAAAGGACGAGAGAUGGUGCGUCAACGACUGCUUGCUGCACGUAAGCUCCGCCCUCACGACAAGCUGCACAAGAUGCAGUGCAAGGCGACGCUGGCCGUUCUGUACAUGAUUCAGAUGACCAUCGCGUACUUUGCCAUGCUCGUAGUCAUGACCUACGAAACUGGUCUCUUCGUUGCCCUUAUUGUCGGAUUUGGCGCUGGCUUCUUGCUCUUCAAGAACUCAGAUCAGGACAUCACAGAAGAGCGUGGAUCGUGGCGUUUCACUGACCCGUCCACUGUGCGUAUCCAAGUGGAAGGCAUGUCGUGUAUGAAGAACUGCGGCACGACGGUGGAGAAUGCGCUGAAGAACACGCCUGGUGUCACCGACGCAGUUGUGGAGUUCGACGAGCGUGCCGCCUACGUCUCCGGCUCUGCGCAGUACGGCGACCUGGUGGCGGCCAUCGAGGGCGUUGGCUUCACUGCUGAGGUCAACAAUCAGGCUGGACGCAACAGCAACGCCUCUCCUCACGCGUAA